UUAGUAGCUUGGCGGAAGGAAGGAAGGAAAGGAGCCGACAAGUGGGAUCAUUACGCAGUGUUGUUUAGGCAAAGCUAGGACUGUUUUUAAACUCCCGUGCUCUUUCCGUGACACAUUCGGGGGUUUCGAUUAACCAUUUCUUUAACCCGUGCGUCGUUCAGUACCGUUUGUUUGAGACGCUAUGUAGUGAGGUGGUAAUGGGCUAGUUGUCAACGACAACAAAGCGAGCUACUCGGCGUGCUAAAGCUAGCAGGCUAAGCACAAAAUAGUAAAGGAGUUGUGUCAUAUUUAUGCUGUAUGACUGAUAUAGAUUACGUUAUAAAGUGGUGUUUCUCGCUUCAAUCGGGUGGUACGAGGUGGAAUUUAUGGCCUCAGAUGUGAUAGAAAGUGAAACGGCUCUGAGGGUUGUAAAUGAUAUGAAUUUGAACAAUAGUCCAGAUUUUGGCACACCCAGGCGGACACACGAGAGCUUCGGGGGCAGACGCACGUCCAGCCCGUCGUCUUCUGGGGUGUCUGGAGACGUUGACGAGGAGGAACUAGACGAACUGCAACACAGCACGGCGUCCACAGUGGAAAAUGGCGAGGAGGCACUUGAGGAGAGUCUAACCAAAACAAGCAGCCCACAGGAAAGGACAACUGUUGACAAUAGACAGAAACCUGACGCUCCACCUGAACCCAUUGGAAGCCUGGAGCGCCAGGAAUCAGUCGCCACGACAGAGGCCCGAUUAAGGAUGGAGGGAGUUGAGCUUAAGGAAGAGUGGCAGGAUGAGGACUUUCCACGGCCUCUGCCAGAGGAAGAGGAGCUUGACGAGGAGUUAUUUGCUGGAGCCUGUGAAGAGGGAGAUGCUGGUAAUGGCUAUGCAGUAAACCAUGGCAAGAAGGAGAAGAAGAAGCUCACGGCUCCGGACAUUAGUCUCACUCUUGACCGCAGCGAAGGUUCUAUUCUUUCUGAUGAGUUGGAUGAAAGUACAGAGUUAGAUUUGGAUGACAUGGACACACCUUCCGACAACAGCAACGAGUUUGAAUGGGAAGAUGAUCUCCCCAAGCCCAAAUCUACAGAACUACUAGAGAAGGGCGUAGAGUCAGUCCAGCAGUACUCCGCUUCAGAGGAAAGGGAGGAGGGCAGACGCUGGAGGGUGUUUCGCAUUGGAGACCAGGAGCACAGGGUGGACAUGACGGCCAUUGAGCCUUACAAGCGGGUUAUAAGCCAUGGAGGUUACUAUGGAGAUGGCUUGAAUGCCAUAAUUGUUUUUGCCGUGUGCUUCAUGCCUGAGAGCAGUCAACCAAAUUACAGAUACAUAAUGGACAAUUUAUUCAAGUAUGUCAUCGGCACACUGGAGCUUUUGGUGGCAGAGAACUAUAUGAUUGUCUAUCUCAACGGGGCAACCUCUCGGAAAAAGAUGCCAACUGUCGGCUGGCUCAGAAAGUGUUAUCAGCAGAUUGACAGGAGGUUAAGGAAGAACCUAAAGUCAUUGAUAAUUGUCCAUCCCUCUUGGUUCAUUCGCACCGUGUUGGCACUCACAAAACCUUUCAUUAGCACCAAAUUUAGUCAGAAAAUCAAGUACGUGUACAGCCUGACAGACCUUGCAGAGUUGGUUCCAAUGGAGUACGUGUCUAUACCAGAUUGUAUCAAGCUGUUUGACGAGGAAAAAUAUAGGAAAAGCCGUAAAAGGUUUACAAUGGGAUUUUUUGAUAUUUGGAUCGACCAGGAUGUGCAUGGAAAAGUAGAGACGGCCGCCGCCGCCCUCCCCGAGUGACCCCUGAGAAAUGGAGCAAGAGGGUGAUGAAGAAUGUUUAAACCGCUGCCACUUUUUUUGUCUCUCUCUCGUGUGUGUUUUGGGUGAUGUGACUGGAAAAGUGCCUUCUUGAACCCAUGCUGCCUGUUACAUAUUGUGGAACAUUUUACUUUUUGUGUCAGACUUCAGCCUUUUUUCGAGUCCACACAUACUGUCCAAGAGGUUCUUUUCUGCUUUUUUUUAUUUACUGCCACUCUAUCAUGUAAAAAUUAGCUCAUUUUCUUGUUACUCAUAAGGCACUGUUACAAAUCAAUGAUUGAUGCAUGAACUGAGUUAUAACGUUUAAAUAUUUAUAUUCAAAAGGUGACAAAAAGAAAGUAAUAUAUUUUUAUGGUUGCUCUUGAUUUUAAAAAUGCAUUUUAGGUCUCUGACCCCACCUUUAUUUUCACAGUCCUGGAAAAAUAAAGCUUUAUUCUUUUUUUUCCUCAUGGAGGGACACCACUUUAACAAUCGGCAACUCAAGUUUUAAGGUCUUUUCACCAUUUUCUCCAAGCUAUUGAGCGUAAUUUUGAUUUCCAUACGUUGAGAGUUUUGCAAUUUAACUUUAAAAAAAAAAAGGCAUGAAAUGCUGUGGUAGUAGGUAUUUACACAAUGCCCACUAGAUGGCACCCAACAUGCUUGGGUUAUAUAUUUGUUGAAGAAUUGGAGCCUUAGGAGUACAUCUCUUCAUUGAUUUUUCAUUGUUUUUCCUGACAAAGUGUGGGACGCAUACCUUGGUGUAUCAAAAUGUCCGAAAAAAGAAAACAAGAUGCUACUUGUGUAAUCUGACUAAUAAGAGGCAAUGUACACAUGUAACUAAAGCCAUUAAACUGAACGGCCAGAGA